AUGGCCGCCUACAAAUAUCCGCGCCGCAUCGAGUUCGUGCCGUCGCUGCCGAUGAGCGGCAACCGGAAAGAUUCUCAAACGUGGCUGGGAAUCCGUUGUGGGACGGACUUUCCGGAGCUGGAUCCCGAGUGGACCGAGCUGUACAUGAAGACAGCAAUGCAGCCCUGGAACAGUGGGGUGCUGUCACCUCAGGUGAUCCAGUUGCUGUGCAUAGCCGUCGAUGCGGCGAGCACGCACAUGUACGCGCCCGGCGUACGACGCCAUAUUCGCGCCGCGCUCGACAUGGGAGUGACCCGAAGAGAUUCUCGAGGUGCUGAAACUGACCACCGUCGUCGGGAUUCCCUCCUGCAAUGUCGGCGUUCGAUCCUGAUGGAAAUCGCAAACCGG